GCGCGCAACGGAACUGGAAUCCCGGCUGAGCUGGCGCAGCAGCUUCAGUUGCGUCCCAGCCGCCGACGCUUAAACAACGUUGGAACCGAAUCAGUUUUGCUGGUGCGCCGCUCCAGGCUCCGCCCACCACCUGAGCGAAUAGAAGAGGACGAGACGAAAGCACAGAAAACUACGCUGGUGAUCCAGAAAGCAGUUAGUAAUGACGGUGCGAACCCAGGCAAACACCAUGAUGCUGGCAGACUGCUGCUGCGGCUGCUCACUGCGCACGGGAACCAUCCUCAUAGCGCUCUGGUACCUGGCAGCCAGCCUGGUGCAGCUGGCGACAAUGGCGUACCGGUUACACACAGGGGACUACAUGGGUGGAGCCAACGACCAGACGCUGCAGCGCAUGUUCAGCAGUGACUCCAACUCGCUGCUGCCGCACCCCUACCUGGACACCGUCGAGAUCAUGUAUACAUAUUCGCUUCUGAUCACCAGCAUCGUACUGAACGUAAUAGAGGCUCUGGCUUGUGCUAUGCUUCUGUAUGAUGGAAUAAAGGAAACUAUCAGAUUUGCGCUACUAUGGGUGAUCAUCAAGGCCAUAAUUACUUGUUUGAGCUCACUGGUGAUGGUUCAGAUGUCCACUGCAUUUUUAUCAGAUGAUGAAUUCUAUCUCCCUGGUAUCAUUGGACUUCUGAUAUGCGGUAUAUUUAUGGCAAUCAGUGCUUAUUUCAUCCUGGUUGUCUACAGUUUCUAUAGAAGUCUGCGACAGAAGCUUGCACCCAAAGUGCAGAUUGUGAAGAAAGGUAACACAGUAAACAAGCAAAAAUCUAAUGGCGCAACAAUGAAUGGUGCUGCAAAUGCCAGGCCUCCGAUUCAAGAGGGCGAGAAGAAAUAUGCUAAUGUGAGCGAAGCUUAAUCAACACGUUCUACCUGUGAAUGUUUACGCUAAUCUAUUUCUUCAACUACAUCUGAAUGUCGAUAUUAUUGUCAAAAAGGAAUUCUUAUGUGUCCAGUUAAUUCACACGUAAAUUGUUGACAUUAAGGAGACUGUCUGUUAGAGGGAGGUCAUGGUAUGCAGUCAGAAAUGGGAGAACUAUUAAAGAUAAUAGUAAAACUGCUGAUGGUGGAUUUGAAACAAUCUGUUCCAAAUAAUGAAUAACAUACAUUACACUUAGAAGAGGAAACCCGUGAGAAAAGUUUCCUGGUUAUAACUUGUAAUAUCCAAAAAGUUUUACUAUCUUCACAGCUGCAACCCCCCAUGAAGUAAAAUGUAAUACAGUUCCAGGUGCUACAUGAAAUGGUUGUUGACUAUCCAUUAACCUGACGGGAUAGUAGAUGUGUUGUCUUCAUAAUUCUCGCCUCAUAAAAGACCACUGAAUUCCUUCUUAAAGAAGGACUGUGAGUCCAUAAACACUGUCACAUUAUCCAUUACGGUAUGUUUACCAAAGUGUGGCAGUACAGGUAUCUCUGUCAUUUCAGAUGUGGUCUUAUACUUGUCAGUGACUGUCAAGAAAGCUGUUAUGAUAUAUGAUGGCAAUGUCACAUAUUUAAUUUGAGACUAUUCAUUCUAUAACAAAACAAAAACAAGUACUAACAUGCUCUUUGCGUUUGGUGUUAUUGAAUAAUUUAGUUUUCUGAAACAUUCAGUCAGAGUCUUCCUAAGUUAAAAUUGAGCGUAGUCCAAUACGAGAAACCAUGAGUUUUCAUAGAUGAUAGAGGCACAUGAAAAAAGUGCGAUAUUUACAUUGUAUUUUCGAUGUAGGUUAGACAUAGCCUAAAUAACAUAUAGUUAAAAAUACUGCAGGAAGUACACAUUUAUUUUGCCAAAAUAACCAGUGGAAGUUCAUUAACACAUCCAUUGGUCAUAAAUGAAAUGAUCUGCUUCCAGUCACGAAAAACUUUCCCACUGUUUUCAUUCAUUGAAAAAAAAUUAACUGUGACUGUGUGUUACAGUCGUGGUGUAUAAGCAGUUUCAAUCAGUUAUUACAGAAAUUGUCAUACCACUUAGUAAUCAAUGUAUGCAGUGAAAAAUACGUAAAAGAACACUUAGAAUUUAUUUUUAUCUGAAAAGGUUUAUACUCCAUGUCUCCUACAUUGCAUUACUGGAUCUCAUAUAAGCAAGCACGAGACUCAAACUACUGAAGACAAAUAUUUUAAAACAAUUGUUGGUAUGUUUAAAUAUUCCAACUACACACUCUUCACAAACACUUGAUUUCAUUUAUCUCUCCAUGCUGGGCACCAACCAAAUUAUUUUUGAUAUCAGUACAUUUUGAAUGGAACAUUCGUGUUUCUUAGUUUAAAAAUCCUCUCAGUUCCUUAGUUCAUAAAAUUUUUCUCAGAUCCAGAAACACAUUUUCCAUGUCAAGCAAAAUAUAUUAUGUCAUAUAAAUUUCCAAAAGUAUAUUAUUGCAUAAGUGAUACAGUCAGAUUUUACAAAGUGGAAGCAAGUCAUUUACACCUUGCUUUGAAUAUUUUUAGCUCUUUGGAGACAUUUAUGUAUACCCUUUAAAACCAAAUGAGAAAUACACACUUGACAACCAUCUAAUACCAUCACCAAUAAAAUAUAAUAGCGCAUAUCUGCAACUUGUCCUGUAUUUUACAGUUGAAGACAUGUUUCUCAUGGGGUAAUAAACAGCACAUAGCAUAAAUCUGACAGAGUGAUGGGAAGAUUAAUGGUAAUGGAUUUAUUUCAAGUGAUGUUACAUAAUCAAUAUGUAGUAAUUAUAUUUCUGUUCAAUUAUUCUGUGUGCUCUGUACUGUCAAUGGAAUAUAUUAAUCUUGAUGUCAAGAGAUAAACAUAAUAAACUCUCGAUGUUGACACCUUUCAAUAUGUAUAAAAAUUGUGUGAGUAGCUGGUGUUCUUUGUAGGAGAUAACUGUAAUAUCUUAUAACAGUAUGUAAAAGACACACUACCCUCUGGUGUUAUUUCCUUAUUACUCACUCAGUUACCUAAAACAUGAACUAUUAUUUAUGACAAUUUACCUCCUUUUUUUACAUAUUUCUAGAGCUAGAUGACCAAGUUUUGGUUGUAUAGAAUUAUUAUAGAUGUUUUAAGAAACUUCAUACAUAUUUCUUAUUCUUUUGCAUAUUUGUUAUAUUAACUUGACUAGUAUGCAGUUCAUGAACAUGAAGUACAACAUGUUCUGUUGUAAUUCAUGAAGCAAGUUUAUUAUGGAGGCAGUGUACUGUUUUGUUUUUCUGAUAACCUACUUCCUUGCAAAUGUUGCUAUAUCUUUCUGUUUGUUCUGUCUGGCUUUAAAAUCAAAUUAUUUUUAUAAUUAUGGUGAUCAUUGGAAUUUGAAACUACGCUCUAGAGAUUCCCAUAAAUGUACCUGAACUACAGAUUUACAAUUUAAAGUCAAUGUAUGAAGUAUAAAAACAUGCAAUUAACUAGAAUAAUAAAGCAAGAUCAGAUGCUAAUCUAUAAUUUUGAUGCAUUUCAACUAAAUUAUUCUGUUGAUCAAUAUGUUUAAUAUUAUUAAGUUCCCCUAAGAUCACAUAGACAUAAGGAAAUUACGAAAAGCUCAGUAUGUUCUACAUAACAGAGACUUAUAUUUGGAGGUCAUCCAAUUGCAUGUGUUAACUUUAUGAAUAGUCCUUUUGUUCUGUGAAGACACUGUCUAAUGUAACACAGGUUUAAUGUUGUAUGUUUAAAGCAUGCUAAUAAAGUAACCUAUUUCU